AUGCCAACUGGACAAAUCGUUUCUUCCAGUACAUCCAAGCUGGAGGGAUUUACCAUCAAUCCAUCACUAAUCAAAACAUCCACACUGGUUCAAACGAUUCUUGGACUUUUCAUUGGUGGAGUGGUGAUUGCCUCUGUGGUCGCCACAGUCAUUCUCGUGAGUGUUGGUGUCGGUUAUCAAGCACCAACGCCCAAGCCAGACUUUGCAGAAACUUUCAAACGAACUCCCAUUACCAUCAACGUUUUAAUGAAUGAUGUCGAUCCUAGAGGUGGUAAUUUAACAGUUCAAUCCAUCAAGACCUCUCCAUUGAAUGGUUCAGUGAAGAUUGUCAGUUCGAGUAGUGUCGUUUAUCAAUCGAAUGGUACCUUCAGUGGUAAUGAUUCGUUUGUGUAUGUGGUUUCCAAUGGAUAUUUACAAGCUGAAGCAUUGGUGACGAUUCAUGUGUUGAAUCGACCACCUCAUGCCAUUCCUUUAGAAUUUCAAGUGGAGAAGAAUUCAAAACCAAUCGAAUUGAAUUUCUUGACCUAUGUGAAUGAGAAUGGAGGAUCAAUCUAUGAUUUGGACUCUUUCGAUUUGUUAACUAUCACAGACGUGAGUGGAGGUGUGUUACAACCUUCUGACACUUUGAAAAACGUUUCAAGUGAUAUUCUCCAAUUGGGUAGUGUGAAACGUCUCAGUUCUGGAAUUUCCUACUCUCCAACCAAAUACUUUAUUGGAACUGAAAGUUAUAACUAUACUGUGAGCGAUGGAGUGGCUACUUCUUCGAGUACUCUUAAAAUUGUCGUUACCAAUGGAGCUCCAGUUGCCAAAGAUGAUGCUUACUAUGUUCCAAAAUACAUGUCAGCCAGUUUGAACGUUCUCUCCAAUGACAAUGAUCCCAAUGAAGAUCCAAUCACUAUUGAAUCAGUCACUUCGGUUGGUGUUGCCAGUGCCAGCAUUGAACAACCUGAAAAGAAGACCAUUCGUUACUUGACUUCGAGUACAGUUUCAACUUCAUAUUCUGAUAGUUUUGAAUAUAUCAUUACAGACGGUGAGAAAUCAUCAAGUGCUGUCGUGUUUAUUAAGGUAUUCAAUUCUCCUCCUUUGAUUAAUGACUUUUCAACCACUGUGAAAAAGAAUUCAGUGAAUAAUUUAAUUCCUGUCAAUUAUACAGAGAGUGAUAUUUUGGACUCGGUGGUGAUGAGUUCCAUUACUCCAUCCCCUUCCGUGAUUGGUUCUUCUUUGAUUACCUCAAAAUCUUCUUCUAUGAUCAGAGCUCCUUGCUGCGAUUGGAGAAGUGUCGUGAGAAAUGAUUAUACCAUUCAAUUUAAUCCUUUGGCAAAUCAAAUCUAUACUCAAAAUUUCCAAAUUGUCAUGGAAGAUGGUGAAAGCAAAUCUAGAACUGCUACUUAUUCCAUUCAAGUGGUCAAUGAUCCUCCAACUGCAAAUCCAGAUGGAACUUAUUGCAUUAAGAAUAGUGUCGCCAUCUUGAAUGUCAUUGCCAAUGAUGUCGAUGUCAAUCCAGGUGAUACUGCUCAAAUUCGAUUGAGUACUGGAUGGACCAAAACUUCAUCCAACGGAGGUUCACUCAUUCCACUCAAUGCCACUCACGUUCGAUAUACUGCACCAAUUGGUUUCACUGGUGAUGAUACCAUUUCAUAUGAAAUUACCGAUCAAACCAUGAAUCAAGCAACCAAUCAAUGGGAUGCUUCGAGUUUUGCCACUGGUACUAUCCUCGUUCAUGUGGUUCCAGAAAAUUAUACCAAUCAAGCUCCAACUUGUUCGGGUGGAAUUUCACACACCUUAUUGAAAGGAGCUUCCUAUGAUUUCAAAUCCAAGAUGGCUGCUGUGAGUACAGAUCCAGAAGGAAAGACUCUCACCUACUCCAUUACCAACGCAGGUGCUUUAUCGAGCAUUGGAAGUGUGACUGGAGCAACCACUUUCAAAGCUGCUCAAAAGAAUAGUGGAACUCAGGUUGCUGCCUUCACUGUGAGUGAUAUUUAUGGAUUGACUGCUCAGUGUCCACUCACUGUGACCGUUCAAAAUACGGCACCAGUGGCUCGUGAUGCCUCUUACACGUUUGUCAUUUCACAGAGUAAUCUUGUACAUACCAUUAGUUAUUUGGCAGAUGGAUAUGCUUCAGAUGCUGAUGCUCAAGAUGUAUUGAGUUUGAGUAUUGUGAGCUCUACGAAUUGUUUAUCCACCAUUGCUUCCAGUGUUACCAUUUCUGGAAAUGUCAUUUCACUCACGAGAAAAGUCACCUCAGGUUCAUGUGUACUCACAGUCAAAGUUACCGAUGAUGAUGGAACCAAUCCACUCAGUUCGAACAAUGCUGCCAUUACCAUCAAUCUCUCCUCUCUGAAUCCAAUUGCUCGUAACGACGCUUUCAGUAUUGAUCAAGGUCAAACCAUUCGAAUUCCAGUCACCAAGAUUUUACAAAACGACACGGAUGAAUAUGGUCUCAAUGGAAUGAGUUUUGUUUCAGUACAGUGUCCAGAUGCUUCCUAUUGUCACCGUGUCCCUCGUGUCAUUAAUGUGAACGGUGAGACCUUUGUCGAAGUGGAUUCCGAUCAAAAUUCAUGUCAAGCCGAUAAAUUCCAAUACACGGCAAGAACUGCUUCUGGAACGACACGAAAUGCCGAUGUCUUUAUUGAAUUCAAGAAUUGCAUUUGUAAGAGCAAGAUUGAUUUCAUGUUUGUCAUUGAUGCUUCUGGUUCUAUUGGUACCACCAAUUUCGAAAAGAUUCGAACAUUGGGUCCACAAAUUGUCUCUCGAAUGCAAUUAGGCGAAGAUGCCAUCAAGGUUGGAAUUGCUCGAUUCCAUGACUCAUCCACAUUGGCUCUCCCACUCACGACUUCACUAACCUCUAUUAAGAACACCUUUGCGAAUAUGCCCUAUGAAGCAGGAUGGACAGCUCAAUUGGCUGGCAUUCGUGAAGCGUUCAAUGAAUUGGCAAGAAAUGGAAGAACCGAUGCUGAGAAGGUCAUGUACAUCUUGACCGAUGGAUUGGCCAACAAACCAUGCAGUUGCAAUGAAUGUUCCAAUUUCUGGGGUCAAAAACCAAGUUUAUAUCCUUACACGGUUCAAAAAUUGAUCAUUGAAAAUACCAAACUGUCAGAAUCACAGAAACAACAAGAGUACAAGAAUCGAUGUAAUUAUCAAUUACCAUACACUCCUGGAGAUCCUAAUAAUUUCCCAUUCUAUACCUAUACUUGUUCUCAAUGUUCAUGGGAUGAUUAUUCAAGUUCUUGUUUGCCAUGUGCCGAUGCUGUACCCAUUGCUCAAAAGAUUAAUAGUUGGAAGAGAAAUGCAACUGGAAUUGUUCCUCCAGAUCUCGAUAAUCCAUUCAAUGGAUAUAAUAUCCAAUGGAAGAUUAUUGCCAUGGGUGUCGGUGAAGCAUUGAGUAAUCCUUUGGGUUCUCGUGAAUUGAGAGGAAUGAAUUACAAUGCUGACAAGACGAUCAAUGUUCCAUGGGAUGAUUUGCAAAAGACAUAUUCUGAAAUUGUGGAUCAAACUUGUAACUCGAGAGUGAUUGAAUUGGAUUGA